AUGAAAAAAGGUUUUACAGAAAAAGAACGUAAAUUUCUGUGGAAAAUGAAAACAUUUACAAGAAAUUUACAAAAAGUCAACUUAACAAAAUCAUCAAGAAAAGUAUUUAUAGAAAAUUCAAGGAAAUUUAUAAGAAAUUGA